ACGUGUGUAUGUAGUCCAUUUCGUAUGAAAAUCAAGGUCUUCAACUGGAAAUGUCAUAUUUAUAUCGAUUAGUGCUUUUUGCUGUCAUUGAAUAAUUCUAUAAGAAAGAGCUAUUUCCUUAUUUCACCUGGUCGUGUCCCAACUCAAAGAAAAAUGUUUUCAUCAAUGUUUGAAGCAGCUAAAAAUGGGCGAUUCAUAUCGCCCUUCACACAUGCUAAUUGUGAACCAGUACAUGGACGUGAAAUAGCAGCAGCUGAUUCAUGUGAGUUUGGGAGCACUAAAUACUUUGUGUUAUGUAGUAUUGGAGGAAUUUUAUCCUGUGGAUCAACACAUACCUUAGUGACACCUUUAGAUUUAGUAAAAUGCCGAUUACAAGUUGACUCUGCAAAAUAUAAAAAUUUAUUUAACGGUAUUAAAGUCACAGUAGCCGAAGAAGGUGCGGUUGGUCUGACAAAGGGUUGGGCACCAACAUUGAUUGGAUAUUCAGCUCAAGGUCUUUGCAAAUUUGGGUUUUAUGAGUGGUUCAAAAUUUUCUACUCUGGAGUUGUUGGUGAAGAAAACGCUUAUAUUUACAGGACAACCUUGUUUUUAGCUUCUUCUGCAUCGGCAGAGUUCUUCGCUGACAUUGCAUUAUGUCCGUUUGAAGCUAUUAAAGUAAAAAUACAAACAUCUCCAGGUUACGCAAACACAAUGCGACAAGCAUAUCCAAAAAUGUUAGCCGAAGAAGGAAUGACCGCCUUCUACAAAGGUAUUACACCACUUUGGAGUCGUCAAAUCCCAUACACAAUGAUGAAAUUCGCAUGUUUCGAAAGAACAGUUGAAUUGCUUUAUAAGAGUGUGGUUCCAAAACCAAGAUCUGAAUGUUCUAAGGGUGAACAAUUAGUAGUUACAUUUGCUGCUGGUUACAUUGCUGGUGUUUUCUGUGCUAUAGUAUCACAUCCUGCUGAUGUUAUGGUUUCUAAAUUAAAUCAAAGCAAAGGAGCAACAAUAGGUCAAAUUGCAAAAACAUUAGGUUUUGCUGGAAUGUGGAAAGGUCUUGGACCUCGUGUAAUUAUGAUCGGUACAUUAACUGCCCUUCAAUGGUUCAUUUAUGAUGGUGUAAAAGUAAUGCUAGGCAUUCCUCGUCCUCCUCCAGCAGAAAUGCCAGAAUCUUUAAGACAGAAAUUAGAAGGAAAUAAGGGAGACUAAACAUAAUUAACUAUAAUGCAAUACAAAUUAGAAGAAAAUUUAUAGAAAAGAGUAUUAAAGGCCAGGUUUUACAUUGGCAUUUUAAUUUUCAUAUACAUAAUAUUAAUAUCUUAAUAUGUUAUUAUAUGAAUCUGUUUCCCUUAAUAAAUAAAUUAAAUAAAAUGAAAAUGAUUCA